AUGUCAACUUCCAGGGUGACCUACACUGACAUGACAAAAGCGGCGCUCGCUGUCACAGAAUCCGAAACUGUGACAGUGCUGUCAGGUGUUGGUGCCAUCCUUGUGACCAUCCCUCAGCCUGUAUAUGAGGUUGCCAGGGGUAAGAAUGUCACACUGCCCUGCAGCAUUACAUUCCAAGGUACUGGUACCCCCAAACAAACCAUCGUCACAUGGUCUGCUACAGCUGACACACCGGGCGCUCAAGAGGAUGAUGUCCUCACUUAUUAUUCUAUUGAUAAAAAUACUGACAUCGGUACGCUGUAUGAAGGCCGGGUGUCCCUGGAUGUAGAUGCUGCCACGGCAAAUGCCAACCUGAAACUGUCCUCCACCACACUAGAUGACAACAAGGUGUUUAAGUGCCAUGCCCUGAUUCCAAGUGACAAAACGGGCAAGACGUCUGCCACUACACGUCUGGUGGUUCUAGUGGCUCCAUCUACACCCAUCUGUACAAUCCAGGGAAAGGCAGAGUAUGGCCAGAACAUCAACCUGACCUGUUUGUCAGCAGAAGGCUCCCCACCACCCACUUAUUCGUGGCAAAGUCUAGAUGUCAUGAACAAACCUCGUGUUCUACCCCCUAGAACCACCGUCCAGGGAGGCAUCCUGUCUCUAUACAAUAUCUACAAGGACACAUCAGGAUUCUUCAUCUGCACCUCAACAAACAAGAUGGGCUCUGCUUCCUACAACUUCACCCUCGCAGUAAUGCCGCCUUCCAUGAACGUUGCCUCCACUGCAGGAAUCAUUGGUGGAGUAAUCGCUGCGUUGAUCGUGCUCAUCAUCGUCAUCUACUGCUGCUGCUGUCGGAAGAAAUAAAAGGACGAGGAAUACGCCAUGGGGUAAAGUUUUUCUCCCUUAAAGACACACUCACACUGACUGAUAAACAAGAUGCUGUGAUGUGAACGGGGUGAACCUCUGAUAUGGCCCAUUCACAAUGCUUAAAGGAAUAGUUCAGAUUUUUUGAAGUGGGUUAUGAGGUACUUAUCCAUAGUCAGUGUAUUACCUACAGUAGAUGGCGGUCGGCACGCGCACAGUUUGGAAAAGCAGGCAGGAGGUCAAGCACGGAAGCUAAGCAAUGUCUGGCUGUGGACGAGGGCAGCAGCGACGUAUUUAAGCCACUUAAAGGUCCAGCUAAAAAAUGAAUAUCUGUGUGUAUGCUAUAUAAAGGGCUUUAAUUUUGUGUCAUUUUGUUUUACGCUUAAUAGGAUUAUUUCUGUUUAUUUGAGUUAGCUAAUGUCUAUCCUUGUAUAGAAACAGAUAUUUAACCAGUUUUAAUGUCCUCUAUUUGGUGCUUGUUUUCUUCCUCUGAUUGUUGGGAUUGAUCAUUUCACCACAGAUCUAUUUUUAAAUGAAUAAAUAAAUGUCUAAAUUUGGAAUGUAAAUAAUCUCCUUUUGCCAUGCCACCUUCAAAGAUGUUUUAUAUUGAAUUAUUUUGUAAAGAGAUUUAUGUUGAAAUGCAAUGAAAUUAGACAAUGUACAUUAUAAAUGCUAUUAUUUCAUCUCAGCAGUGGUAAUGUUACCAGUUUUAUAUUGGGAUUUGUGCUGUGAAACAUUGUGUGCAUUCUAAUCAUGAAAUAUGCUGUACAAAUAAAGCUGAAAUAAAAUGAACAAAA